GGGUGGGUUGGACGAAGCCAGUUUGUUUGGAACGCCAGACGAAACCGCCGCCGGAAUGCAGAGUGCCACAGUCUUCUUCCUCGCACUGGUCGCCGUGGUGGCCGCAGGAGGUCAGUUCUACGUGCCCCGUGCAUACUACACCAUAGACGCGGAAGGCCACGCAUCGCACCCAGUGCCGCUGCGGCGCCUGCGCCGUUCUUUCAACCCCUACCCUUACGGCAGUGAGGCCAAUGCCAACGCUAAUGCCAAUGCUGAAGCCAACAGCUGGGGAGGUGGUUCAGCCAGCGCCAACGCGAAUGCCCACGCUAACGCUAACGCGGGUUCAGGCGGCGGCGGCUGGGGCCUGCCAUCCUUCAGAAACUAUGGCUCUGCAAACCCAAACGCACUAAGUGCCGGAAUGACCCGCCGCAUGUCAGGCCCCGUCUCGAGCGGCCGCUCAGUCCUCGCCAGCUCAUCCGUCGGCAUGGACUCUUCAGGGAAUGGCUACUACGAUCAGUACACCUCUGUGUCCCACUAAAUAUGACCGGCAUCUAUAAAUGAACCUUAUGAAAACAGUAUCUUGCGUUGACCUCCAUAAAUUACUUACUACAAAUCUAUUUAGGUAUAAUUAGUGGACUUACAAUCAUGUGACACUCUCUACCACUCAUUGGGUGAAGCAGAAUUACGAGUAUUAUAGUAGGGUGCAUUUAUAAUUAGUUAUUUUGUUUAAAAUAAAAAAUAAUUUCGUCGUUUCAUCUCGAAAAAUCACUAGGAUUGAGGUUGCAACCGCAGUUUCUCCUCAUUAAAACAUAACCACAACUUUUUUAACAAUAUUUCGUUAAGUGCAUUCAUCGCAUAUGUAUGAGCCACGUUAUUGGAGAUCGAUGCCUUCAUGCCAUACUUGUAUGUUUGACCACCUGAUGCCAUAAAUCAGGCAAGCAGAUAAAUCGCACGAGACAAUCAACACAAUGAAGAUUCUUGGGACGUUACAUAAUGUGAUUGCAACGCGUAUUAUUUUCGGAUUAAAAGGGCAAUCAUAUUAUGAAACAUUUCCUUUCGAUAAGUAAGAAAGUUGCUACUUAAAAUGAACUUAAUUAAUUCAAAACUAGUUAAGAUUCAUGGAUGUCAAUAUCAAUCUAGACAUAAUUAUAUCCUAGAAAUGAAGUUCUACAUAAUUAUAUUACAUUGUACUCGUGUUUAAUAAAUGUAUUACUGUAGUAAGUAUGGUUAUGUAUGUAUCAUCAGGUGAGAUACAAGCCAAGAGCUUCCUCGUUGUGGAUAAAAAAAUGUAAUAUGUUAAAGCCUACUCUAUAUUUCUCUAUUUAAGUACAUAGAUGAUUAUUUUUAUAAAAGUGUUAGGAAACUCAGAAUGGAUGAAUAUUAAAGUGACUCAACAAUAUGAA